CUGCCUGGAGAAAUUUCCAUCUCACUGGUUGUACUAUUUUUGUCAGCGACUUAAAUAAUAGGUAUAAUAACAACAUAGUGAAAUUGGUAUCUCGGUUAAAAAAGUUCAAAAACGUUUGCAGUACGUUUUAUUAGUUGGGCAUAUUUGUAGUCAGCCCUUUGCCUUUUACGUGUAGGUCCGUAGCCUCCCGUGUCAUUGGUGAAUGACCGAAGAUGUCGAAUAGUAGGUUGUUUGCCCGGCUGCUCUUGCAGCAAAAUGGGGUAAGGAACUGUUAUACUGCUUCAAGGAAGCACCUCUACAUUGACAAAGACACCAAGGUCAUUUGCCAAGGCUUCACAGGGAAGCAGGGGACGUUUCACAGUCAGCAGGCAAUCGACUAUGGCUCCCGGCUAGUCGGUGGCGUGUCCCCCGGCAAGGGGGGGAGGACACACCUUGGCGUGCCUGUCUUCAACUCUGUCAAGGAGGCGAGAGAGGGUACCGGGGCCGAGGCCACAGUGAUCUACGUGCCCCCUCCAUUCGCGGGUGCCGCCAUCAUGGAGGCCAUCGACGCUGGCAUGCCCCUGGUGGUGUGCAUCACAGAGGGCAUCCCCCAGCAGGACAUGGUCAAGGUCAAACACAAGCUGUUGCGCCAGAGCACCACGCGCCUCAUCGGCCCCAACUGCCCCGGCGUUAUUAAUCCGGGAGAAUGCAAGAUCGGGAUCAUGCCGGGCCACAUUCACAAGAAAGGGAGGAUUGGCAUUGUCUCAAGAUCGGGAACUCUCACAUAUGAAGCUGUUCACCAGACUUCACAAGUUGGCCUGGGACAGUCUCUCUGCAUCGGCAUUGGCGGGGACCCCUUCAAUGGGACAGACUUCAUUGACUGCCUGGAGGUAUUCCUGCAGGACCCUAAGACGGAGGGCAUCAUCUUGAUCGGAGAGAUCGGAGGCAACGCCGAGGAGAACGCUGCCAAUUACCUCAAACAGCACAACUCUGGAACAAAUGCCAAGCCCGUGGUGUCUUUCAUCGCCGGGCUCACUGCCCCGCCGGGCCGUAGGAUGGGUCACGCUGGUGCCAUCAUCGCAGGGGGCAAGGGUGGAGCCAAAGAGAAGAUUGCCGCCCUACAGCAGGCGGGCGUUGUGGUCAGCAUGUCCCCGGCUCAACUGGGCAGCACCAUGUUCAAGGAGUUUGAGAAGAGGAAGAUGUUGUAAACGGGGAAAGGCACCCCCCCCCCCCCCAUCUUCCCGACCGAAGCCCCUACUAAUAUACACACUCACUACGCAGUGUUUUUAAGAUGUUUUUGAUUUAAGCUAUGAAUUCAUACCAUUACACAAAGAGUGUAAAUAUAUCAGUAUAUCUUGAUGUCUUUUAAAUAUGUGAUACCUUGUCUUUUAGAGGACAGUUAUUGUCAUCUGUUAUGGUAGCUUCUGAUGUGUUUAGUUUGACAACAGAGGAGGAAUGCCAAGGUAAACGAGGUGAUCUGGUUCCUGUGUUGUCUUUCUACUACUACACUCUCCUACUGUAACCAAGUAUUCCAUCAAAAUGUCUGUUCUCACUGGCUAUACACCUGAAUAAGAAAAUAUCUCGAACACGG